AUGGGAGGAACAGACCUGGAGCUGCUUUUAAGUCAUGCAGGGCAGGACACGCAGCCACCAGCCGGCCCGCUGGAGCUCCGGGCCCAGAUGCAGUUCUGUCUGAGCACCGCCCCUCCUCCAAGAAGGCGCCUCUCUGGACUUGCCGCCCAACUCAGAGGAAAGGAGACUGGAGUGAAGAGAUACAGUCUAUGGGAAAGAAAGGGCCACGUGUACCAAGAGGUCAGCGAGCCCCAGGAUGAUGACUACCUCUAUUGUGAGGAGUGUCAGAACUUCUUCAUCGACAGCUGUGCUGCCCAUGGACCCCCAACCUUUGUAAAGGACUGUGCAGUGGAAAAGGGGCAUGCCAACCGCUCAGCCCUCACGCUGCCCCCUGGGUUAAGCAUCAGACUGUCGGGCAUCCCUGACCCUGGGCUUGGAGUGUGGAACGAGGCGUCCGAUCUGCCGCUGGGCCUGCACUUUGGCCCCUAUGAGGGCCAGAUCACAGACGAUGAAGAGGCCGCCAAGAGUGAAUACGCCUGGCUGAUAACCAAAGGGAGGAACUGCUACGAGUAUGUGGAUGGAAAGGACACGUCUUGGGCCAACUGGAUGAGGUAUGUGAACUGUGCCCGGGACGACGAGGAGCAGAACCUGGUGGCCUUCCAGUAUCACGGGCAGAUCUUCUACCGAACCUGCCAGGUGGUCAGGCCGGGCUGUGAGCUGCUGGUCUGGUACGGGGACGAGUAUGUUCAGGACCUUGGCAUCAAGCGGGACAGCAGGGGGAAGAGUGAGCUCGCGGCCGGGAGAGAACCGAAGCCCAAGAUCCACCCAUGUUCCUCCUGCUCUCUGGCCUUCUCCAGUCAGAAAUUCCUCAACAAACACACCCAACGCAGUCACCCCUCUCAGACCCUCCUGAGACCAUCCGAAAGAGACCUCCUCCAACCAGAGUAUCCCUGCCCAGGCAAUCAAAAUCAGCGAUAUUCAGAUCCACACAGCCCGAGCGACAAACCUGACGGUUAG